ACCAACAAUACACAACUCCGACAGCAAAGAAGUCACAGUCGAGUUCGAUUCAACCUCGGUGGGAACUAUUUAGUAGCCUACUCGAAGAGACUCAACACAAAGUCAAUGGAAAAGUCACAGUUGUGCUCGAAACUGACGUUCCGCGUUGUCCGGAUCACUUUCUCAAGCUCCUAAUAGUUAUUCGAAGUGACGUGCGCCAUUAGAACAUAGUUCUUGGAGUGUGAGAAUUUCAAAAUCGGGCAGAAUGAGCGUGACAUCGGCUUUUUCAACACUAAUUAUUCUCGGACUGCUGUCAGUCGCAGUGCGCUCAGCCCCGUUUUCAGUGCGACAGAACGGCACUCCAGGACGACACUGGGAAACACUUUACUCGCGUUCAUUGGCUCGUAAUCCCUGGGAAAAAAGAGACAUCAACCGGGAUGGUGAUUAUCUAAUGGGCAUCAAAAGACUCAGACGUCUGUAUUGCAAUGUGGGGAUUGGGUUCCACAUUCAAGUGUUACCGGAUGGCAAGAUAACCGGGGUGCAUAACGAAAAUCGAUACAGUCUUUUGGAGAUAUCUCCAGUGGAGAGAGGAGUUGUGACUCUUUUUGGUGUUCGCAGUGGUCUAUUCAUCGCCAUGAACAGCAAAGGGAAGCUCUAUGGAUCUAGCCACUACAGCAAUGAGUGCAAGUUUAAGGAGAAUCUUCUGGCAAACAACUACAAUGCAUAUGAGUCUGCCGCUCACGCAGGGAUGUAUAUUGGCCUGAGCAAGACAGGCAGGACAAAGAAAGGAAACAGAGUGACUCCAGCAAUGACAGUGACACACUUCUUACCGAGAAUCUGACCGACAGUGGCUCGGUCAGUUACCUCACACCUUGGAGGGAAGUAGUUGGACACAAAAUGAAAGCACUUUUGAACAACAAUAAUGAACAAAAAAGAUUUUGGAAUAUAUAUUUAAAUAUUAUUAUUUAAGUAUGUAUAUUGUGAAAAAUAUUUUAUUUAUUUCCUCUGAGAUUUUUUUUUGUAUUACUUAAAAAGCCUAAGUCCAGAGCUGAAAGAAUGACUAGUAGAGUAUUUUUAAUAUUUAUCUGAGCCGGUGCUGCUAUUUGUGUCACAAUACCGAUAUUUCAUGACAAUAAUGGACUUUUAGAAAGGAUUAUUUGCACUGUUUACAAAGUGUGGCGCAAUGACUGAAUAGCUACACCUUCCCCCCUUUUCAGUCACUGGUCCACCACAGGGGCCCUCAUCUGUGCAUCAAUGAACCUGGUGUGAGUGGCAAAGUGAGAAAGAUGUACAACA